AUGACCGACUCAGCAAAGAAGAUCCUUGUAUCUGGUGGCACGGGCUUUGUGGGCUCGGCCAUUGUACGUGCUCUUGCAGAAAAACACCCAAACUUUGUCAUUGCCGUCAUCGACCAAAGUCCCCCACGCCCCGAGCAUGUCCUGCCAGAGAGAACUACGUAUAUGCAGGCGGAUAUCACUUCAACUAAAACAUUGGCCAAAGCAUUUGAGGCCGUGAAGCCAGAUAUCGUUGUCCACGCUGCUGGAAUCGUCCCAGAUCUCGCCGAACGGUGGGGUCGCCGACUGGAACAGGAGGUAUGGAAGAUCAACUUUGAAGGCACACAGAAUAUGCUGGAUGUCUCCAAGCACAGUGGGGUUGAAGCCUUCAUAUACACGAGCACUUGCUGUGUAGUGAUCGACGAUACGCGUACCGAUCAUCUUAACAUCAAUGAAGACCGGCCCUUGGCAUUCAGGUCAACCAUUUAUGGAGAGUCCAAGGCUGCUGCAGAAGCACUCGUUCUAAAGACCUCGAGCAGCAAGAUGCUGACAUGUGCCCUCCGGCCAUCGGUGCUCUGCGGGCCAGGAGACUACCAGCUAGUACCGUCUAUUCAUGCAUGCAUCGCCAAAGGUGAAACCCCGUUUUUGAUCGGAAAUGGCCUCAACCUCUGGGAUGUCACCUACGUCGACAAUGUCGCCGAUGCUCACGUCCUGGCCAUAGAGAAUCUGUUGACGUCUCGCACCGCUGCAGGAGAGGCCUUUUUCAUUCAGAAUAACGAACCUAUCGUCUUCCGUGAUUUCUGCCUGGCGAUUUGGGCGCAUUUUGGGCACGUCCCACCUUUCGAAUUGCAUAUCCCAAAGAGUCUGGCUUACUUCGCCGGGCUGGCGUGUGAGACUGUCACCUGGUUGAUGGGAACAACAACAACUUUGAGCCGUGGAAGUGUACGGGAUGCAUGUGCCACCCGAUAUGCCAGUGGCAAAAAGGCUAGUGAGAUUCUGGGGUACGAGGCGCGCAUUGGUAUCGAAGAAGCCAUCCGUUUGAGUUGCGAGGGUUAUGCUUCUCAUCUCGGAGCCAAAUUACCAAUGCUCAAUAGUGGAAACCGGCAAAAACAGUAA